UUAUACUUUGUUUAGUUUUUUGAGUUUAUGUGUUAUGAUUCACUGCAUACGUAUAGUUCUAUAUCUUUCUGUUAUGUAUGUGAAUGGUACAUACUGUGUAUGGUAUCUUAAUCUGCUUGCUUGUUAACUUGCCUGAUUUUCUUGUUGCAAGUUUACUUGUAGUAAAAUUCCACAUUCUGUUGUUCUCAUCAAUCAAGUUUUCUGAUCAUUUAUUUGAUCAUAUGCUUAUCUAUGACUAUGAGAAUCUGCAGAUAGUAUAAUUGUGUCUAGUUAGCUAGUCCAUUAUGUUUUCUUUAGGGGAUAAGAACUACUGCACUAGGCCCAGAUACAUAUACGCAUCAACAAUCAUAUAGGCUAACAAAUUUGGGGCAUCACCUAUAUAAAAGUGAAAUGCAACCCAAUAUCUAAUAAUUAGGUACCGUGGAUAAUCAAAAUUCUCUGGAGACUGUCAUCUAGGCCCAGAUUGACUAAGUAUUCGAAUUAGGCCCAUGUUCCAUAGUUCCAGAGCGAGUAAUGUUACUUAAGUCUCCAGUGUUUGUGAUUGACUGAUUUCUUAUAACUUAUAAGAACUCUAUCUGAUUAUUGUGUAUUGAUACAACAGAUGUCAGGUUUGAGUGUUUACAUGAAGGCAAAUUGAUUAUGAGUAUAUAUUUGAGGGUGAAAUUAUCAGUUUUGAGUAUCCAGUUUCAGAGUUAUUUAUUCAAACUGAUUACCUGAUUAUUAUCAUUUGACCUCUAAAGUUAUUAAAUAAUCAGAAUUUCCAAACAAUGACAACACUGAUUAUCUGAGUCUUGUGCUACAGCAGAAGCAAAUCCAAACACUAUCUCCUGCAUUUCAUUUUUCUAAUUGCUACAACUGAUUAUUUGAUUCUGGUUAUUUCAGAAAGCAUAACUAGUUAUAAUAAGCAAAUCCCAGAAACCCUCAUAAUUCAUAAAUCGCAAUCCAACUCAUAGUGAUUACACCACAUAUAAAACAAACCCAUCCGAUUAAACAAGAAACAAAAAACAAACCCUACUUUGAAACCUUAUAUACAACCACUAAACAGAUGGAGAACUUAAUUAUAAAUAGGCUCUCACUAUUUGCACACCAUGGCAGGCUAUCUGCACACUUAGGGGUAGGUACACGACCAGGCAGUCAAACCUAGUACCAUGUCAAAUCAGUCUGACAUAGGGUGCGUAUUGAUCAAUACCGCUGCGUAGUGGUCAAUACGCAGCGUAUGUCAGACUGAUUUGACACCGAUACGAUGUUGUCCAGGCACGUGAAUAAAGUAAUAGGGGGAGUAGAGAGCAAUACGCUGCCUAUUGAAGUGUCACAUGAAAGUCUAUUUAUCCAUCCAUUCAUAUCUGUUCACAAUUCGAGUUCAUCUCCUCUUUCUUUUUCAUCUUCUUCUUCAGUAAACAAUUUACACACUAAACCAAAUCAUUUGUUCUGUUUUUUAUUUAAUCUUGUUAAAAUGUCAUCAUUUUGGAACGAUAAUUAUUUCGGUAAUCGCUAUUCUAACGACACAUGGGGAGCAAAUGCUGCCAAUGAGGAGGAGGAGGUUGUGUCUGGAGUCCCUGUUGAUCAAAAAACAUAGUUGUCAGACUUGAACAAGACUCCCACUCCACCUUUUGAUGAACCAAAUUACCUGGCGCAUCAAGUGUAUCCAGAUUACGGAUACGGGUAUGAAUCUCCGUACAUGCAACAAAGUGGAUAUGGUGCUGAGAAUGCACCUGUUGAUGAACCAUAUUACCCGACGCAGCAAUCGUAUUCGGGUUACGAGGUAUACGGGGAUGAAGGUGGAUACGGAAGUUACAGUGGAUACGGUGGUGAAGGUGGAUACGGGGGUGAAGGUGGAUACAGUGGAUACGGGGGUGAAGGUGGAUACAGUGGAUACCAUAGAUAUGGGGGUGAAGGUGGUUACAGUGGAUACGGGGUGAAGGUGGGUACAGUUGAGACGAUAGAUCUGGGGGUGAAGGUGGAUACGGUGGAUACGGAGGCUACGGUGGAUACGAAGAACAUGGUGGAUAUGGUUAUGAGCCCCGUAACACAUCACUUUAUAAACCAUCUACCCCGGGCAAUCCGUUUCAAAUAAAUGAGCGUUUCAUGUCUCUAACUGAUUUGAAGAAUUGGAUACAAGAAACAGGAAGGAGUAUGGUUACGUAAUUGUUACCCGCCGAUCAAAAAAUAUUGGCGGUAAUACUGGGAUGGUAUGGCUUGUGUGCGACCGUAGUGGUGAGCACCGUAGUAAAGCAAUAGUUAGGAAAGCUGGUAGCAAAAAAAUCGGUUGCCCAUUUUCAUUACUCGCCAUCCGGGACGUGACGAAUGACACGUGGGAGUUAAAAGUGGACAACGUGAACCAUAACCACGAACCUACGACGAGUCUGUUGGGCCACGCUUUUGUGCGAAGAUUUACUGAAGCCGAAUACAAGCUAGUGGAGCAGCUAACUGCUCAAAACAUGGAGCCACGUAUCAUAUUUCAAACCCUAAGAAAGCAGUUCCCUGACAGCCUGCAUGUUCAGAAAGACGUGCAAAAUGCAGUACAAAAAAUUAGAGCGACACUAAUGGACGGAAAGACUCCUAUGCAGGCACUGGAAAGCCUACUGCAUGACCACCGAUUCAUUUACGACACCCGACAGGAACCCAAAACAGAUGUCGUAACAGAGAUUUUCUUUGUUCAUCCUUAUUCAAUCACUAUGUGGCGUGCAUUUCCGCACGUGAUGUUGAUCGACGCGACCUACAAAACAAACCUCUACAACAUGCCAUUUGUCUAGGUUGUGGGUGUGACGUCGACUGGGAAGUCUUUUUGUAUCGCAAAUGCCGUUAUUUGUAAAGAACGAAUGGGUAACUACGUGUGGGUGCUUGAACGGAUCAAGUCAAUCUUGCAUGAAUGUAUGAUGCCGCGUGUGAUAGUCACGGAUAGGGAGCUUGCCCUAAUUAACGCGUGUUUUAAAGUAUUCCCAAACGCAACCAGGCUUCUAUGCCAGUUUCACAUCGAACAAAAUAUAGUUAGACAGUGCAAGAAAGGGUUCGAUAAAGAAGAUUGGGGGAAAUUUAUGACGUACUAGCGGAGAGUGUGCGAAUCUACUUCAGAGCCCAUGUACAAGUACAACUUGGAGAAAAUGUAUAACCGACUCGUGGUUGACAACCGAGAAAGUGUCUAUGAUUACGUCUACGAAAACUGGCUCAAAGACUAUAAAGAAAUGUUCGUUUAUGCGUGGAUCGAUAAGUGUCGCAACUUUGGUCAGCGCACCACCAACAGAGUUGAGAGCCAGCACGCAAAUUUAAAAAGAUACAUUACGCGUCGGAGUUCAUUGGUGCGAAUAGCAAGAUGCGUCAUUGAUAUAGUUGAAACUCAGUACGAUGAAAUACAAAAAAGUUUCACUGAGAGCAUCGAAAAAACGGUGAACCACCAUAGACACCCGCUAUUGGACAACCUACGUGGAAAGGUUUCCCAUGAAACACUUGAUUUGCUAGCAAAAGAGCUAAUGAGGAAGCUGGAGGUGUUGCGGAAACUUAACGCAUCAUGUAGUUGCCAUAUGUGGCUUAGCUGUGGAUUGCCGUGUGCUUGUAGACUGGAAAACUACAAACGUACAGGGCGUAUGAUACAACUCGACGACAUAGAUGUAUUCUGGCAUAUGCUUGACUUGCUCCCGUGUAAACUGGUAGACGAGGAAGUCGAUAUUGUAGCAGAGCUCAAUAAUGUGCGACAACAUUUAGAGGCGCAGUCCCCCGUUCAGCAAAAGAGUAUGCUUUUAGAGAUAAAAGCGGUCUUCACCCCGAAAUCGUCAACCAAGAAACCACCGAUCGUCCAACAAAAUACUCGCGGUCGGCCUACAUCAAAGAAAGUACAAGAAAGGCUAGAUGAAGCUGUGAGGUUAGACGAAGCUGUGAGAUACAGCUCCUAUGGCGAGGACAACAACGUAUAUACCGCUUCCCCCAAACAUAGGUACGAUUUACCCCGACACAGCUCAUACGUACCGUCAGAGGGCUCUCGUGGAACUGGUUCGGUUGUGAAGUCUGAAAAACCUAAAAUGCAACGAAACAGUUCAACGAGUUCUAAAAAGAAGGAGACGCGGGAUGAUCAGGGUUUUCCAUUAAUGAAGGGGGACGAGCACUUGUUAAGCAUUAAGAGGUUUAAGAAUCAAAUUCCAUCAGAGUUUCACUCUUACAUAUCGCGUAUACAAGAUGUGACCCUAGACGGUCAUUGUGGGUACAGGUCUGUGGCUGUCGGGUUAGGUUUUAUGGAACACGCAUGGCUCCGUAUUCGAAGUGAUUUACUACUGGAGAUUGACCAUAACAAGCAGCGUUGGAAGCAUGUAUUCGAAACAUAUAACAAAGGAGACUUUAAACGAAUACGUAGCAGCAUCGAAUGGCAUUCAGUGAAAGGGUGCGAUUAAACUGGAUGGAAAUGCCCCACGUAGGGCUUCUCGUAGCGCAAAGGUAUAAUAUUGUCCUCCACGUGCUAAGCAUCGAAUGGAGCUCUACCAUCUUCCCAUUAACGGAUGCCCCACUAGAUCCACGACCUCAAGCGAUAAUGCUCGUACAUGUUGACGGGGGACACUUCAUACAUGCUAAGUUGGAAGGAGACUACCCCAUGCCUUUAGUGACCCCGUUGUGGUCGACACAUCGAUCAAUAGCUGCGAAACGGUGGAAAGAAAUGUAUAGACCGCGGUUACAGCACUACUACGAGUUAAUCAAUCCUAAAUCAGACUCAGACAAAGAUAGAGAACCGAGUUUAAAUGUUAUCGAAGAUUAAGCGGAAACUUGUAUUUUUGUAAAUUGUAGAAAUUUUUUAAUUUAUAAAGUUUGUAUCAUUUUUUAUUUUUAUAA